GCUCCCCCUGGCCUGGCCCUGACGUCAGGGGAAGGCGUGUGGAUGCGUGUAUGUGUGUGUGUGUGUGCGUGCGUGUGCGAGGCGCGCAUCAUACACACAUCAGAUACCGCAGACCCAUCGGCAGCCGGCGGGCAGGCAGGCAGAGGGAGAAAGCCCCCCGAGAGCCGGGCUGCAGGCGAGACCACUCUGCUCCCCGCAAGGCAGCGGAGGAGCCUUCGGCCCCACCGAGCACCGAUGCUUGGCAGAACACAGCUCCAGGGAGCCCGUCACCGCUAAGGAGGUCUCAAGCAUCAGACCUGCACGCUCGGGCGCCUUUUCUCCUGCCACCCACCUCCCCAUCCCCAAAACGGAGGAGCCUGCCGAUCCCACCAUGUCGUCGGACCCCAGCGCCCCGCCGGCGGUGCCGCCCCUGCACUCCCCCAAGUCACCGGUGUGGCCCACCUUCCCCUUCCAGCGGGAGGGCAGCCGCAUCUGGGAGCGGGGCAACCUCCUGCUGCGGGACCUGCCCAGCCCCCUCCCCACCAAGAGGACCAGAACCUACUCGGCGACAGCACGCGCCUCCGCCGGCCCCAUCUUCAAGGGUGUCUGCAAGCAGUUCUCUCGCUCCCAGGGCCACGGGUUCAUCACCCCUGAGAAUGGCACAGAGGACAUUUUUGUCCACGUGUCUGACAUUGAGGGGGAGUACGUCCCAGUGGAGGGGGACGAGGUGACGUACAAGGUCUGCCCCAUCCCUCCCAAGAACCAGAAGUUCCAGGCAGUGGAGGUGGUCCUCACCAACCUGGCACCCCACACAAAGCACGAGACGUGGUCUGGCCAGAUCAUCGGCUCCUAGGCGCCCAGUGGGGGCUGCCGGCCACUUGGCCCCGGGCAGCUCGGCCCCCUGCCUGGCUGCUUGUGGGGGGCUCAGGGGGAGCCAUGGCAGCGACGGGAUCGGGGCUGCCCCCAAACACGCAGGCGUUUGCGUUCGGUGUCUUUUAUAAGGUUACGGUUUCCUUUCUCUGUGUGUGUUUGUAACUGUCUGUCAAGGGGAACAGGGGAAGCAGAGGCCUCCCCUGCCACCCCCACAGCUCCAGGGGCAGCACUGAGCCCCAUGUCCCCUUCCUUGCCCCUCAGACCACGGGGAGCAGGGGAACCAGCCCUACCCCCUGGCCCCCUGGCUGCCCCAGGCUGAAGCAAGUGCUAAGAGCUGGAGGGGGCUGUGUGGAGGCUGGGGGUGCUCAUUUCGUCCUUCGGAACCCUGCUCUGGCAAGAUGACCACCCCACUUGGUCCCGCUGCCGAGGAUGAGCAGCGAGGCAUGCCAUGGGGCUGGGGGAAAACGGGGCAGCGUGGGGCGGCGUAUCACUGUGCGGGGAGUGGGUGGCUGAGACCCAUCCCCAUCACUGGCAGCUCACAGCACCUGCCUGAGCCACGUCCUUCCAUCAAAAGAUCUCAGGUCAGCAGUGUCACGGGGAGGUAAGUGGCUUAUGGAAAGAAAAAAAAUUAAUUUUAAGGGGUAAAUGGCUGCUGGCAGGGUGCUAGGGCGCUCAGCGUUGUGCCCGGGGGGGCUGGGGGUGCACCUCUGUUCUCCCCGCUGGGUCAGUAGCACACUUUUCUUGGCUCGGUGUUGCCAUUGUUUUGGGGAGAUGGCCACCUUCUCCUCCUCUCCUCCUUGUGCCCCCAGCCCCUUGGGGACCCCCUUUCCCACGCGUGUGUGCAUGUAUGUGUGUGUGCGUGUGUGUGCGUGUCCGUAGCUUGCCGGGGGGGGCAAGGGGCUGAGGGCUUUGGGUAGCCUUGGCCAUGGGGCAAGUGCAGCUGCCUCCUCCCCAGCCCCUCGGUGUAGGCAGGGUCUCAUAUACAAAGCACAAACUUCAUUUUUGGUCUUCUCUGCCAUACCCUGGCCAGGUGGGCUCCUGCAGCCCUGGGAGGGACGGGGCAGAGGGCAGUGGGACAGGGACAGCGUGCACUGGCCUGGGUCCGAGCUGACCCCAGGAAAAUGGUGCCUGCACCAACGCUCCAGAGAUUAUCAGCAUCUUAAGGGGUUUAUUUUGAAGCAGGGCAAGCACCCCCCACCCUGACAGCCAGGUUCCCAGGCACCUACUCGUGGGAGCCCCUGGUGCUGCCAGUCCCCAGCACUGAUGCAGAGGGGCAUUUUCCACCUUUCUUGCUGCCACUGUUGCGAUGGGGACAAGGGUCUGCCAUAAGUGGGGAGAGGAGGGGGGCAAGGCUGGUGCCACGUGGGACAGCUGGGGCCCUAGUGGAUCUGGUAAGAUCACCGCGUGCUGCCCCAUCCCAGGCUGGUUUGGGGACUGCCCUGGGACCCCACAGCCCAUCUCACUGCCAACCUGAAGCCCAGGUCACCCAGGGGAUGCAGCAACGCCGGCUCAUGCCCCAGGCAUCCCUGGGACACAGAAUCAGCUUGGCCAAGGCAAACUUUGAUUCUGUUUUUUUUUUCCCCUCUCUGUUUUUUUUGGGAAAUAAACUAAAACCCUAGACUUGUUGGUGUUUUUACAACUCCGGUGUAGUUCCCGCCUGUCUGACCGUGUGUCAACCUUUGUAACAUUGGCAAUAAACCAUUAAAAGUGACUUUCCCAUGA